UAGAGAUAUCACAUGAUGUCCGCAAUCCCGUGUAUAGAAUAGAUGGUGCCCAUCACUAGUAUAACGGGUAUAACGUGUAUAAUGCAUAUUCGUAAUGUUCAGAUCAGACCUUGCAUGCUUUACAUCCCGCGUUUUAUCGAGGAUCAUUCGUGCUACUGUGCAUUCAUAAUCAAUCAAUGAGAUACCAUGAUGGAGUACACUGAUACCGUAAAUAAGGAAAAUGGAGCAAAACCUAUAAUGCGACCACAAGUUGAAUCUGGUCUGGAAUUGUUCGCAAGAGUGAAUGCGAAUACUAAACCACGUUUAUGUGGCUUUGAAAAUACCUUAUUUCCAGACGGUCUACGAAAUAUAGACGUUAUAGAAAUUGGCGGUGAACGGUCAACUGGGAAGACUCUUCUCCUGUCUCAAAUACUCGCUAAAUGUAUUUUACCAGAUCAUUAUCGAACAAUCCGAAUCCAAGGACUUGACGCUUCCGUAAUUUUAAUAAACACCGACCAUCAUUUUCAAACGUUAAAAUUGGUUGAAUUGAUGAACGGUGUGAUAGAUGCUGCUAAUCAAGCAUCAGCUACACGUGUAACAAAAGGAUUGAAUUUGGAUAAGACAUCUGUUAUUCAAGAGUCUUUGCGUAAUUUAAAUAUUAUCGAUUGUUACAAUAGCGAGCAAUUUUCUUUAACUUUGCGUACUCUGGACGACGUGUUCAUUAAUAACACGAAAAUAGUUGUUUUAGCAAUUGACAGUAUAACUGCUUAUUAUUGGGAAGAUCGUGAAGCUAAUAUGAUUAAAUACAAUAAUUACGUAAAGGAAUUGCUGCAGCUUAUCAAAAGUCAUACAACUUUAUUCAACAUUUUAACAAUUUAUACCACAUGUUCUGAAAAUACUUGUAACAAGAAAAAACAGAUUCUACAUAAUGUUGAUUAUAAACUACAAUUAAGUAAAACAGAUAAUUCAAAUAGAUUUUUAUGUACUUUACAAACAGAGGGGAAUAUGAAAAAAUUACAUUAUUCUAUUUCAUCAAGCGGUAUAAAAUGGAAAUUGGAUUGA